AUGUAUGAUGAAGCUAAGACUCGAGUGAGGACAAUGAGAGGAGGCUCAGAACAUUUCCCGGUUGGGAUGGGGUUACACAAAGGAUCUGUGCUCAACCCGUUCUUAUUAACUUUGGCGAUGGAUACACUGACGCGUCAUAUUCAAGGGGAGGUAUCAUGGUGUACGUUAUUCGUUGACGACAUAGUACUGAUUGUUGAGAUGCGAGACGGUGUCAACGGAAAGUUAGAGGUUUGGAGACAGACCUUAGAGUCUAAGGGUUUCAACCCCGAGGGCUCGGUUGAGUUUCGGAUGCGUAACGGAGUGCUUGAAAGAGUUAGGAUUUUUGUUGGUUUGUGCACAGGCCUUAGACCUCGCAAUUGCAAGGUCAGGAUUGCAUUUGUGAUAGUAGAAGGGCCCUGUCAGAUUUCGGAGUCGGUCUUAGCGGCGGUCAGUAAAUUGCUCGGAUUGAUAUCCCGACGAAGACUUGAGGUACAACUGCUCGGCGUUCGAAGCCGUGAAGUCCCCUUCCACCUUAUCCUAGCUGUUUAUUUCAUUUCAGAAAGUUUUACUUUCAUUCAGACCAUUAUUUGUAUAUUUCUAAUUGCUCGUGCACUUGUGACACCAGUUCUGGGAUUGUACCUAGAUAUUGUUGUUACUAUGGGUUUUCGCACUCUAUUUCAGUUUAUUCAGUUUACUCGAUAUUAG